GUAUUAAUUUAAGUGGAGAUAACAACUCAUUGGCCCCACCGUCACCUACUUUUAAAAACCGAAGCUCCUCUAGUGCCUCUUACAAUGAGGAUAUGGACAGUGCACAAGAAACACGGAGGCAGAUAUCUUCCCCCUUUAGUUUUGGGAAGAAUGAUAUGAACCAUUCUGCUAUAGCACCAGCACCACCAAAACCUCAAAGAAUGACCAGUCCACAAGAGGAUGAGAUUGAGGUCCUUGUGUUUGUGGAGCAACCUAAUAGAACCUUGUACUGCCUUCUCUGUAGAUUGGUCUUCCAAGACCCUGUUAUUACUCAGUGUGGACAUACCUAUUGUAGAAAGUGUGUGACUUCUAGACAAAUUGAAAAGUGCCCCGUGGAUAAUAUGAAGCUAGCUGUCGUGGUGAACAAUAUCGCUGUGAAUGAACAAGUUGGAGAGUUAUUAAUCCAUUGCAAGUAUGGUUGUAAACCAAGUCAGAUUAAUCUAGGUGAAUAUGAAGUAGAUCCAGAAGGAUGUCCAUUCACCAUCAGGAUUAGUGAUAGAAAAGAGCAUGAGUCACAGUGUGGCUAUGCCCCCGUUCGCUGCCCCAAUAAUCCGGAUUGUCCGCUCGUCCUAAAGAUGAAUCUGGAAUCUCACCUCUUUAACUGCAACCUAUGUAAAUGUGAUCAUCAGCGAUAUGGCUGCCAUUUUGUAGGCACACAAGAACAGGUGGAAGCACACCUAUCUCAGGGUCAGUGUGCCUAUGACAGCAUCAAAGACUUCCUCUCUGCCUCCGAUGAUAAGAUAAGAGAACUCCAGAUGACCAUCCACCAGAAGGACCAGGAGAUAGGUUUCCUGCGCUCCAUGUUAGGCAAGCUCUCUGAGAGGGUUGACAGGCUGGAGAAGUCAAUGGAGAUGAAAAUAAACUACAUGGACGAUAACAUCAACCGAGUAGAGAAGACGAUCGUUGAUCUGGAUGAGAACCAGAGGACGUUCUCGGAGGAGCUCAUCGACCAUGAGAGAAACUAUACCAUGGUUAAUAGAGAACUCUCUGUCAUCAAUGCUAGGCUUAACUCAGGAGCGGCUGGAGCUUAUGAUCCUCAACAGGUCUACAAGUGCAAGGGAACGUUUGUUGGACACCAAGGUCCUGUGUGGUGUCUAUGUGUGUUUGGUGACCUUCUCUUUAGUGGUUCUUCAGAUAAGACCAUCAAGGCUUGGGAUACCUGUACCAACUACACCUGUCAGAAGACGUUAGAAGGUCACAAUGGCAUUGUCUUGGCGCUCUGCACACAUGGUAACCGUCUGUACAGUGGAUCUGCAGAUUGUACAAUUAUGGUGUGGAACAUCGAUGCCCUUGAACUUGAGAAGACAAUCCCGGCCCAUGAGAACCCUGUUUGUACGUUGGUGGCAGCAAACAACAUGCUCUUCAGUGGUUCAUUGAAGGUUAUUAAGGUCUGGGACCUACAUACACAUCAACUCAAGAGGGAGCUUACCGGACUCAAUCAUUGGGUUAGGGCGCUGGUCGCCAACGGAAACUAUCUCUACAGCGGUUCAUAUCAAACAAUUAAGGUAUGGGAUCUGAACACAUUGGAGAUUGUUCACAGUCUGCAGACAAGUGGGGGCAGUGUUUAUUCUAUCGCUAUCACCAAUCACCACAUCAUUGCUGGAACAUAUGAGAACUGCAUACAUGUAUGGGAUAAGAAUGAAUAUAGUCAGAUUGAGACAUUAACUGGUCAUGUUGGUACAGUCUACGCUCUAGCUGUCAUCAGUGCUCCAGGAAUGACUAAGGUUUUCAGUGCUUCAUAUGAUAGAUCAUUAAGGGUAUGGAACAUGGAGAACAUGAUCUGUACACAGACGCUCAUCAGACAUCAGGGUAGCGUUGCUUGUCUAGCUGUCUCAAGAGGGCGCUUGUUUUCUGGAGCUGUUGACAGUUCAGUCAAGGUUUGGCAGUGAGAUGAUGACACUAGGAUAUGAUUGAGAUGUCACGACGUCAUUCCGCGCCAGAAAGAGGAAACAGAGGUCAAAGGUCAUAACCUCAGACCUUGUAAAUUAUUGGACAUUGGAGACUGAAACAAAAGAGAUGCUUGAUAGAAAUAACUUUUUACCCACCCAUCUAUUUAAAAGUGAGAAUUUUCAGAUUUUUACUUUUAGAAUUUAUAGGAUGGCUAAUCUAUUAAAUAAGUUUCAAAACAUUUUUUUUGUAUAAAACAUUUAUUUUGAAACAUAUGGGAGAUUGUGAAGAAAAGGAAGCUCCAAUGAAUAUUGCUUCAAAAAAUGAACUUUAGUUAGAAAGUGAGUGUUGGCCGAGAGAAGACUGUCAUCUCUAAUGUGUGUCCCCUGUCGUCUAGUCAUUCCCUGCCAACUUAGAGUGGUCAGUUCCUGUCCACUUAUACAUCAAACCUCAUUAAAUAAGGGUGUUCCACAGAAAUGUGUUCGCUCACCUCAUCUGUUCGUGUAAAGCAAUUUUUGUGACUUUGCAUCUUUUUUAAAAUGUAAUAUGUUUUAUUCCUAUUUUUAAGCAACUCCUGUGUUGUGUAUUAAAUUCAGAUUUGUAUUUAUAGUUAAUUAUUAUUAUAUAAGGGUUCAACAUUGAUGUAAAUUAGAGCGGGGCAUUACCCUUUUCAUGAGUGUACAUGUAUGUACAACAAUUGUAUAGUAAUUAAUACAUAACAAGCGCCUUCCUCUUAAUAUUUGAAAAUGCUUCUUUUUGUUUGAUCUCUGGCUAAAAAAAUUCAAGUUUGUAUUUUCCCGACUCCACAGCAGCCUGUGAUGGCCUCAUGAAAUUUAUAAGAUCUUGAGUUUUCAACAUUAUCUUUUCUCCUUCUAGCAUACAAAAUAAUAUAUCAUAAUCUUAUCAACACAUUCUUGUCUUGAUCAAUGAUACAUUAUCUGUUAUAAAUGGGGCUUUGUUUGUAUGUUUGUUGGUUUGUCUGUCUGUAUUGUAGAGGAAAUGGAGGGGCAGUUGUGUUGAUAGAACUUCAGAUAGAAUAUUAAACUGUGGUAUAAUUGAUCUGUUUCAAUGGUGAUCCCAGACAUGCAAUUUUGUAAUUGGAACUUAUGCAUAUUUUUGUAUCUUUGAAUUUCUGCUCAGUGAGAGUAUUUGAUUGCACACAAACAUGACAAAGAACAAUUUAUUUUGUUAGGUUUCAUUGUAGAUGGUGGUACUUUUGUUUAAUCAUGUAAGAGAAAAUAUGAAAUUAAGAGUUAUAAAAUGUAAAAAAAAAAAUAAUGUAAACAUCAACUACUUACAUAAUGUACAUUUCACUAAUCAUUUCAUGAAGUUUUUUUAAGGAAGAUGUAAAUACAAUGCAUUAUUAUUUAAAUAUAUUUGUACAGGUAAAUAUUAACUUGAAAGUUAUGUGUAUAUAGAUUAUGUUCCCACAAAAAAAAAAUUAUGAGAUGUAAAAAAUUGUAAGAAUUUAUUUUGUUAGUGAGAAUUAGUUUUUGACUUGCAUGUACAAGCAACUGCUCCAAUUUUCUCUCAAAUAUAUGUAUUUGCUUAUGCCAUUAAUCUUUGUUUACAUUUUUUUAAAACCUGCUUUAUGGGUUUUUUCCCCAAUUUACACAAAAACUCCCAUUCAGUCAGGGAGAGAUUGGUAUCCUUUCAUUCUUCAAUUAAUUACCCUCAGUUAUAUUUCAUCCGUAAAGAACGGAUAAUUUAAGAUAUUUUAUUCAAAAGUUUUUGUACAAAUCUGGAUAUCGAUAUUGUCUUGCAUAUUACAAACAUUUUAAGUCAGAAAUGGUGCGUGAGGAUGGUGCUUUUAAAGAAUUUCAACAUUUUCAACAUUCUCUGUAAAGUUGCUGAAUAUAUCCAAUUUGGUUGCAUUCAUGAAUUAUUUUUGUUGUUCGCAAAGAUAUUUCAAUUUUUAUUUUAGGACAAAAAAAACAGCAAGUAAGUCAUUUUACUGUAGUAUGCGUAAAGAAAGGGACAGAAAUUUAUAUGCAUUUGGUCUUCCUCAACAAUUUAUACUUUCAUUCUGGUAUUUCAUGUAGUAGUCUAAGGUGCCUUAUUUUAUAUAGGUACAUGUACAUGUAUAUUCUAUGUUCUUUAACAUCAUAUAUUUACAUACUCAUAAGAAUAAAUAUACAUUUUCCAGAUUUUUGACAAUCUGCUGACUAAUGGUAUCCUCAAGUACAAAAUUUCCUAUUAAAUCUUAUAGAUCUUUUAAAUCAUGAACUAGAAUUCAUAUAUUUUCCUAAAUGAUUAUGGCCACAGCUUCAAUUAAUGAUAAGUUGAAAAGAUAUCAAGAUUCAGACAAUAGACUAUAAUUGUAUUGAGUGAAUAUGUGAAAUAAUUAUUUAUCAAUAAUUUCUGUGCCUUUGAAUUCAAACCAGUUGUCUUUAAUCAGUGAUAUAUUUCAUAUCACAUGAAAAUGUAAUCGAUUCCUUUGGAGAAUUUGUUUAAUGAUUUUGAGUCUAACCUUUGCUUAGAAAAAAUACAACUGAUUCAAAUUAUCGUUGGGGUCUUAAGGAAGUAACAGGAUUAUUAGAUUUUGUAUGUAUUAAUAUAUAUUGUAUUUCUAAUAAAAGUACUAUGCAAUAGAGUGUUAUUAAGUUGGAUAGUAUGAAUUAAGUUAAGGGUCUACGAAUAUAAGUAUUUCAAGUUAUUAAAGUAAUUUGAAUUAUCCAAAUCUCCAUUUGUAAAGUUACUACACUUCUGAAAUGCAUGUAUGCAACUGGUGUAUUUUUUUGUAUAAAGGACACAUUAAAAGAACAAAAUGGAAAUACA